AUCACGGGGUUGAGUCGCUCUUUCUCCAUCACGGCGGCGUAGGAGGCGUCUGUCAAACCUGUGGAGCGUGUGUCCGUCCCUCUCUUGCCUGUGUCCGCGCGUCUUGUUUGGAAGAGCACACGUCGUCCUCAGAGUGCCGCUGAAGUUUAGGGACUAGAAACCGGUUUCUCUGCCCUCGGUGGUAAUAUCUGUCUGCCAUCCCGGAAGACUCAGCCACAGUCUCGCCUAAAAGGAAGUUGAAGCAAACAGCUGCGUGUGCGUGUAAUUUGGGAGUCAAUCCAGCAGCCAUGGACGCGUUAAUGAAGGGUUUCUCUAAAGCCAAGGAUGGGGUCGUGGCAGCGGCGGAGAAAACCAAGCAGGGAGUGACUGGAGCAGCUGAGAUGACGAAAGACGGGGUUAUGUUUGUCGGCAACAAAACAAAGGAUGGAGUGACAACAGUUGCAGGAAAAACUGUGUCUGGAGUGUCUCAUGUGGGCGGAGCGAUGGUUACCGGGGUUACGGCUGUGGCCCACAAAACAGUGGGUGGUGCAGGCAGCAUUGCAGCUGCCACCGGAUUGGUGAAGAAGGAUCCAGCCAAACCAGGUGAGGACGCCUCAGCAGAAGAGAACGUCGCAGAGUCACCAGUUGAUGCUGACCCUGCUGAAGCUCCACAGGAGGAGACCUGUGGAUAAACUACUUGAGAGCUUCUCAAUCAAAUAUCAACGACCGAAACAUUCCAUGUCGCUCUGCCAAGUCCCGUCGUGCCUCGUUCUCGUCCUUUCAUGGAGUCUGUGCUCGACAUCCGUGUGUGUGUGCGUGUUUUUUCCCGUUCGUGCUCUCGUGUGUUUGUGCAUCCGUGCUCAGUGUAAACGUUGUGGAGUUCGAGAGAUGUUGUGCGAGCGUGCUUGUGUCCCUUGUGUGUGCCUUUUGCACAUCAUUCCCUAAAAAGGACCUCAGGUGUGUGUGCGUGUGUCGUCCGUGACCAGCUGUCGUUCGCAGUGAUUCCCUCCCACUGAGAAGGCCACCUGAUCACCGUGUGCGUCUAUGUGUUUUCUGUCCGUGGCUAAAUCAAUAACCCAAACAUGGAAAUACACCACGAUCCACAAACACCUAAGUGUCUCGAUAUAAAUGAACAAUUUACAUGGAUCUGUUUGAAAUGGAAGCAUAACGAUAUUCUCUAUUUUUGUCUGUAGCCUAUAUUGUCACUGUUUGUUGCGGUGGACUCCAAAGUGCUCAGCUAUUCGUGCGUUCAUAGUGUAUUUUUUAAGUUAUCACUGCUGUGACGGAAAUAUGUAUAAAUAUCAUAUUGAAACUUUUGAAAACCAAGAGCAUGUAAACUACUGUUCAGCUGCUGUGUCAUGCAUUUAUUGGGAUUUAAAUGUUGAAUAAAAUAUGUAAAAUUGGGGUCAA